GGGUGUGAAGCUGAGCCGUGAAGUGAAACGAAUUUCCGGCCCGCAUUUUAAAGAUUUAUGAGUGAAAAUAACAUAAAACUUGUGCUAAAACCCAAAAAGUGUAGUGUACUGAACAUUUGGAACAAGUAACUUCGAAAUUCAUCAACGUGUCAUUAAUUUAAUUAGCAUUCCCUCACAUAAACAGCUGUAGUUGUGUGCUUACUCACUUCACUUGUUGCACUUAUCGUACUUUCAAAAACUAUUCCAUUGAAUAAUAUACCCGUUUUCGUGAGAAUGGUAAUCUGUUAUCUUAAUUGAGUCGAUCUAGAAUUGAAAAACAGUUUUAUGUUAUCUAAUUAACCGUUAUAACAGUGAUACGGGAUCGUGGGAGCGUGUGUUUUCGUUUUCCGUUUGUACGUUACGAUGCACCUGCAGUGCAGAUAUUAUGUCGAUUGCUGCAACGCACCGAGUGAACAAUCGUGACACGGUUGAACGACUAAAUAAUGAAAAUCCUGUUAGUUACCCAUGCUUGUUGUGUUACGAGACAGGUGGAACGCGAUCGUACAAGUCUGUGAGGAGUCAUCAAAAUCCAAAAAUGAGUCAUAAGUGUUGAUUGGAAUGCAGAUUUUGUUUUGUUUUUAUUUGUGCCGAAUGCGUCACUAUUAAAAAAUUACUGGCUGGAAGCAGGCAAGAUAAAAAAAAAACAGUUAAAAAGUAUACUCAGACAGUAUUAUUUAUGGUAUUUUGCCUUGCCGAAAAAUGAAGUGGUAUUUUUGAUAUUUCACAAGAAACAGUAGCCCUAUAUCAAUGGAUUCAGACAGGCUGUCUUCAGCAAAUAUUUCAACACACAGUUCAGGGACAGCGGGCACAGUUGGAGGGUCUGUAGUGGGAGUUAGGCCUGGUGAAGCGGGGCUUAAAAGAGAAGAUGAGGAUGAAUAUAACUUGGGACCUUUACCUCCGAUGUGGGAGAAGGCUUUUACACCUUCAGGAGAGGCGUAUUUUAUAGAUCACAAUACCGGCACUUCUCACUGGCUCGACCCUAGACUUGCUCGGGUCCGGAAACACUCUCUAGGAGAAUGUGGAGAAGACGAGCUGCCAUACGGGUGGGAGAGGGUCACGGACGAGAGAUAUGGCUCGUAUUACGUGGACCAUAUCAACAGGCGGACGCAGUAUGAGAACCCCGUGCUUCAGGCUAGGAGGUUACGAGCGGAAAAAAUUGGCCCAGAAAAUGGAAACGGCGGCCCGCCAAAUGGAUCAAGUUCAUCCGGAGAGCUGCGAGGCGAGAGAUUCGCUCUCACACUUACUAAAAGCACACAGGGUCUGGGCUUCACAUUGAUUGGCGCUGAAGGCCUGCCGGAAACUGAAGGAUAUCUACAGAUCAGGAGUAUCGUGCCUAACAGUCCUGCGUGGAUUGAUGGUGCCCUGCGACCUGGAGACGUCCUCGUCGGAGUUGGAGGGCGAGGAGUGCGAGGCCUGUCACACGCGCAGGUGGCGCAAAUGUUCCAGAACAUCGCUCCAGGCUCCAGCGUGGCCCUACAUCUUGUCAGAGGGUACCCCCUCUCCUUCGACUCGGAAGACCCGAACACCAGGGUGCUCAGCACUCUAGCAGUAGACGCCACCACCCCAGCUUCUUCAGAUGCUGUGGCCAUGCAGCAACUGACGAGGGCCUUAAGAACAAGGUUCAAUCUGGAUUCUCCAUCGAAUACCAGCUGUGGCCGGGACGAGGCGGACACGGCGACCCCUAGUCCGGGACAGCGAAGACUGAUGUCCCGCUCCUUCGACCUCGACGCUAUGAGUGAUCAACGUGACCAGGGGCAGACACAAGAGCAGCUGAGCACCAGCGCUGCAUCGGAGGGAGGCCUGGGCUUGGGUCGCGAGCUGGUGCUGCGGCUGCGGCGCGGCGCGGCCGGGUUCGGGUUCACCAUCGCCGACAGCGUGCACGGACAGAAGGUUAAGAAGGUGUUGGACCGAUCACGAUGUUCCGGCGCGGGGCUGCGCGAGGGGGACUUACUACUGCAGAUAGGAGACACGGACGUGCGACACGCGCCUCAUCAACGUGUAGUACAGGUCCUGAAGGACUGCCCCGCCAUGCACGAGACUACGAUCCGAGUGUGGAGGCGAAACAAUGCUACUGGUAGAGCCCCUCGCAGUCGCUCGGCUACUCGCGUCCCGCCUACGAACACGGCAGCAACUAACAGUCAGCUCGGCAGAAGCAAGACCCCCACCGCCGAGCAGCUGAGGUCGCCUUCACUGCACACACAAGACUCGCUGAGGGACAGGCUCAAUGCCAUGAACUCUGUGGAAGCCACAUACGCAGUCCCAGAGCACAAGCAACGUGAAAGUCUUAUAGAGAGGCGCCGCCGGAGCAGCACCCCGGGGACUCGACUCACUCUACCCGCGCAGCCCUACAAUGAUCAGUGGCAGCAGGAACGAGAAACGUGGGUAGACAACUCCAACAAUAUUCGAAACUGGGCCGAAAACUCACAGAAAUGGGACGACAACGCCCAAAAGUGGGAAGAAAACGGGCAGAAAUGGGAACAGAAUGGCCAAAAAUGGGAGCAGAACGGGCAGAAAUGGGAGCAGAAUGGACAGAAAUGGGAAAACGGGAACGGAUGGGAGAACGGGGAGAGAUGGAACGGGAAUUGGGGGGAGGUGCCGACGCCGACGGUCCAUGUCGAUAUGAAUGCGGCGUACUGGAGGGGGAACGCUAGUGUCGCGGACAGCAGCGAUAAUGGAGGGUUUCCAGAAGAUGGCAUGCUCCACUCGCCAACCACGGCUGCGCUGGGCGGGCUGCCUCCGCACGCCCAGUCCCCUUCUACCAGUCGGAUGAGGCCGCACUCGCCUUCCAAUUCCACAGGUCGUAUGAGAAGCCAGUCGCCCAGCAAUACCAGCGCCUCCGAACGGCUUUUAGGGGCCACGCCUACUGCAAGACUACACAGCCGCUCGCCGUCUAACAAUUCACCUUCCAGGAGCAAGGACAGUAUGAGAAUGCGAGAAAAUUCCCCGCCCCGACAUAUGCACUCUCCCGUAUCUCGAAGAUCGCCAUCUUGUUAUGAUAACGACUCCAUCGCGCAACAAAAUGCCGUCUACGUCGGUAACUACCCACAGGUGGAGGCAGGCGGAGCCGCGGACCCGGAGGCGGACGUCCUAGUCCGUUUGGCUCGAGGAGCGGCCGGCUUCGGCUUCCGUAUCGUCGGAGGCACUGAAGAUGGCAGCCGUGUCGCUGUUGGAUAUGUCGUCCCUGGCGGUCCAGCGGACGGGCUGCUGCGGCCGGGCGACCUGCUGACGUCGGCGGACGGCGUGUCGCUGGCCGGCGCCACGCACGCCAGCGCCGUCGCCUACGUGUGCCAGGCCGCCGCCAGGGGACACGUAACGCUAGGUGUGCGGCACAAUCGAGCCGACAUACAAUCUUUGGGAUUACCAACAAUGCCGACUCAACAUCAACCCUUACUUACGUCGGAGCCGGCGCUGCACGCGCAGGCGCAGGCGCAGCUGCAGCUGCAGCCCUCCUACAGCAUCCUGCACCCCGCGCCGCUCUACCCGCCGCAGCCCCAGCCCCAGCCCGGCCCCAUGUUUGGAGUGCAAUACGACACAGCGACCGGCGGCUGGUCGUCAGUACCCUAUGACGUCACGGUCACGAGGAACGAGGGAGAAGGCUUCGGGUUCGUCGUCAUCUCGUCCACCAACAAGGCCACUAGCACUAUUGGCCAACUGAUCCCGAACUCGCCUGCUGCUCGCUGCGGCCUGCUACACGUAGGUGACAACAUCGUAGCUAUCAACCACACGCCAGUGAGAAACCUACCGCAUCCCGAGGUCGUCGCAUUGAUUAAACAUUCGCAUCGAGCAGUAACACUCACUGUUUUACCACCACAACAUACGCCACCGUAAAUGUACAAUUUUUAUGGGGCGUCGCCCCCUAAGGAGACACCUUAGUCAUUAUAAACCAUAGGCCUUGAUUAAACACUGCGUCGAGCGGUAACAUUGUUAUACCACCACAUCAUACACCGCCUUAGGUAUACAAUCUGUGGAGCGUCGCCCCCUAAGUGGACACUAUAGUUGUAUGAGUCACAAAACCCAAUUAAGCACCAGCAGAGAGUGGUAACACGUCUUAAGUGAAGUCAUUCCAUCGGAUACCCUGACUGUGUUACGACCGCUAGCUACUCAAGACAACUUUUGCAAGAGUUCAGAACGGUUAUAUUCAAUAUAAAUCAGUCGGGAAGAUGUUACAAAAAGAAAGCUACUUUUUGUGCUUUUUGUAUGUGUUUACACAAAAUACUAAUAUUACGACCAACAUCUUUACAAAAAUAAUCGAUUUGAUUUUUUUAAGACAUCUAGAAAUCUUAAUCAUAAUUUUUGUUAUAAUAUUAUAAUAUCGUUAUAAUAAAAACAUCGUGCAUUUAUACGAUAUGUGUCAUAACAUUGACGCGAACUGUUCAUUAGAUACAUAAAAACCUUAGUCAGUAAUGAAAUUAUAGCUUUAAUAAAAUCUUUUAAAAUAAUGAAGUCAAAAUUGAAGGUUGUGGUUUUUGCCAAUGGGUGGAAAGGAAAGCUAUACCUAUUUGCAGCUAAUUCGUAUUUUAGUACCGUCCAAAAUACCUUAAGCUUUAUACUUGUACAUGCCGUGCCUUAAACAUACUUUUUUUGUGAGUAUGUACCAUGGGUAGGCUUAUUCAUUUAUUUAUAAAUAAAUAAUAUCUUGUUUUAAGCGGAAGCCUGUGUUAUGUUAUGUAUGUGCUAAUUUAUCAAUGAAAUUAAAACUAAAAGCCCAAAGCAGAUUAAUGAAACUAAAGUGAAUUCGAAUAAUAUGGUUAAAAAAAGAGUGCCUUACUCUUUUUGAGGUUAUCAAACUGCACAACGGGACUUAAUCGCGUAUUUAAGUUUUAAGAUUUACCUCCGAAGUUUCGAGGACGGCGUUGUCCCCGUGGUCUCGGAGAAGACUGGCUCAAGUUGACAUCAACAUCUUCUAGUCGCGCGAGUUUUUCGAACUACCCGCACUUGGUAUUGUUUAUCAGUUUGAACGUUUUGCGCACUAGGGAUGUCACUCUGUCGACACACAACACUAACGAUAUUCUUUUGGAGGUUUUUUUUAAUGGCAGUAUUAUGAACAAUAGACAGACAGACUGCCAAUUUUAAGCCUCCGUUAGGACCAAGUAUGCUUCACACUUUACAGUUAUUUCGAUGUAAUCAGCCCUUCACAGUGAAUAUAUAAAUAUUUGUGCUGCGAAUCAUUCAAGGCGGUAUAUUUUAAUUGUAUCAAUUUAUAAAGAUCAUUGAAUGUUUACUGAGUAAGUAAUGUAAGUAUUGUUAGUUCUUUGUAAAUUUUAGACGCGCGGUUGCUUUAUGCGCUAAACGCAUGCGUUAACGGAAUGUAUGAAAAAUAACAAUACGCUUACAACAAUAUACAUAGUGUCAUUAGAUUAUCUAAUGUAAAAUGACAAUGCGCUUACAACAAUAUACAUAAUUGAUAGUGUCAUUAGAUUAUCUAAUGUAAAAUGACAAUGCGCUUACAACAAUAUACAUAAUUGAUAGUGUCAUUAGAUUAUCUAAUGUAAAAUGACAAUGCGCUUACAACAAUAUACAUAGUUGAUAGUGUCAUUAGAUUAUCUAACGUAAAAUGACAAUGCGCUUACAACAAUAUACAUAGUUGAUAGUGUCAUUAGAUUAUCUUAUGUAAAAUGACAAUGCGCUUACAACAAUAUACAUAGUUGAUAGUGUCAUUAGAUUAUCUAACGUAAAAUGACAAUGCGCUUACAACAAUAUACAUAGUUGAUAGUGUCAUUAGAUUAUCUUAUGUAAAAUGUAUUUUUUCCUAUAUUCAGUUGAUCGCAUGCGUUCAACGCUACGUUUAUCGCAUAAAACGACCGCACGCUUUAUACAUUUUUAUAAUAAUUAUAAUGUAGUUCAGUCUUUGCUCAAGUUAAAUACUUUUGUUACAUUAUAGUUUUCAUUAUUAUUGUCAGUACAUUAUGAAUCUAGAAUUAUUAAUCUCCAUUUUCAGUGUAAAUAUUAUGUACAAUAUUAAUUCUGAAAUGCAUUAAGUUGCAUGUUUUAAUGCAUUGUUUAAUAAGGAUUUGUAUUGUGUACAUGAUGUUGAUUUAUUGUUAAAUCUCAAACGUUUUUUUUACUUAUUCGAGAGAUAUAAGGUAAUUUACACUUUAACGCAUUAAAAUAAGGUUAAGUUUUUCGUCAUUAGUGGUAAUUUUAAUUAUUAGCUAUGGACUGAAAGGCAGUUUUUGUCUUUGACAGUAUCUAUUACAUUUUACUUAAUUUAUAUUUUUAUUUAGAGACCUUUUCAUAUAGUUUGACUGUACUGAUGUUCUUUAGUAACAAUUAUUUAAAUAAUAGUUAUUGUACUCUAGCUGUAUUUUUUACGGAAAACGGAUCUAGAAAAUGUAUUUAAAACGCGGGACCACCGAGAUUGGAUUAAUCGUAUUUUUUAGUUAUUAAAUUAGUUAUACCCAUCACUUGUCUUCUAUACGUGACAAUAUGUAAAAUAUGUAUACAUGAGAAGUUAACAUCUAUGACUUUUAAGGGUUAGUUUUUAAAUAAAAUGCAAUAAUAAUGUGCCUCUUGUAAUAAGCUGUCUUGCCUUGUCAAUAUAGUCUAAACUUAUAUGAAAAAAAUCUUCCAAAGAUACCAAUGUUCUAAAAUAGUGCCCUAAAAUACAAUAUUUUGAAAUAAAAUCGUAUCUACUUAUUACAAUUUUUAAUGUAUAAGGUUGAUUUUAAUAACAAUAUGUCCACUGAAAUUAUAAUGUCAAAGUUUAAUAUUAAAACUUUCUAAUUUGAAA